AUGGUGCGCGGAUUUGGAGUGUUGCUUGUGCUUGCGGGGACGGGACUGGCGCACCCGGGGAGACAUGAGAAGGUAAAUGCGACGUCGUGGUCGGGGUGGAGGAAUGUGAGGGAGCUUUUUGUCUUUGGGGAUUCGUACACGCAAACUGGGUUCAAUGUCAAUGGCACCCAGCCUAAUGCUAAUAAUCCAUUUGGCAAUCCAGGAUAUCCGGGCUGGACAUCCUCCAAUGGACCCAACUGGAUCGGCUUCCUCAGCACAACAUACAACGCCUCUCGCCUGCUAACCUACAACCUAGCCUACGGCGGUGCAACCGUCGACUCGGCACUCGUGACUCCUUAUGCGCCCACCGUCCUCAGCCUAAAAGAUCAGGUCGAACUGGAAUUCCUCCCAACGUAUGGAUCGCACGACCCGUCCACGCCCUGGUCCUCGCAAUCCUCCCUCUUCGCCUUCUUCAUCGGCAUCAAUGAUGUGGGGAACAGUUGGGCGGCCAACAACAGCACGCUCUACGACGCCAUAUUCGGCGAGUUCGCGGGGCUGGUGGACAAGGUGUAUGCGGUUGGGGCGAGGAAUUUCUUGUUUUUGAGCACGCCGCCUGUGAAUUUGGCGCCGCUUACGCUGGAGAAGGACGAUGGGGGGUGUGCGGUGCGGGAGGAGGGCAAGGUGAUUUUGGAUUGGAAUAAGAGGCUAGAUGGGAUGGCGAGAGAGCUCAAGGCAAAGUAUAGGGAUACAGCGGUGUUUGUGCACGAUACGUAUGGGGUCUAUGAUGCGGUGAUUAAGAAUCCUGGGGUGUUUGAGCAGACGAGAGGAUUGAAGAAUGUGACGGGGUUUUGUGAGGCGUACAAGGGUGGCACGCCGACUUGGUAUACAAAGGAUCCGAGCUGCGAGUAUCCGGUGAAUGAGUAUUUGUGGCUGAAUGAUUUGCACCCUACAUUCCCGGUGCAUAAUGCGACUGCGGCGUCGAUUGCAAAGUUGUUGAAGAAGAGGCCUACCUAUUAG